CAUCAGGAGCUGGCGUCCCAGAGCAUGUAGGGAUUGCCAGGGGGCCUCUGUACUAAAAUAUUCACUUGGCGACUACCAGGACAACUCUAAAACCUAACUGGACCCUACUUAAUAGCACACAUCAAGCAAUUUGUAACACGUGGCCCCUGGUACAAAGUCCUCUUUCUUUUUCUUUUACUUUCUCUCACUUUCUCUUCCUCUUCCCAUCUUGUUUUCCCUCUGCCGGAGCUGUUGGAUUACCUGUUCAGGUGGAUGGUUUAAAACGCAACCUGAUCCAACAAAGCCUUCCAACCACAAAGAAUCACCACCUCUGUAGUUGCACUACAACCAUCUUCACCAUAUCUACCAUUUAACAAUGAGUGAUCAGGAAGAGCCGGGUACCGUGGCAUUGCCCAUUUGUGGUGCCACAGGAGGCACUCCUACCUCACCUCCUUCUGACCUAUGUCACAUCUGUGGACAGCGCCACCUACAAGAGGAGAACCAUGAAUACACCUAUAAGGACGAGGUGGAUGAUGACCUCAUGUGCCACAUCUGCCUUCAGCCAUUGAUCCGACCCCUGGACACACCCUGCGGACACACCUACUGCCAAGAGUGUCUGACAAACUUCCUGCUGGAGAGUGACUUCUGCCCUGUGGACCGCAUCCCACUGAUGCUGCAGACCUGCCGUAAGUCCAGUCUGCUGGUCCACAAACUGUUGGACAAGCUGAAGGUGUCCUGCCCAUUUACUGAGCACUGCACUGAAGAGCUAUCCCGUGGAGAACUGGAGGGACACAUCAGGAGCAGGUGUAAAGGAGCAUCACACUAUGGCCUCUCCGCUGAGAGAAAGCGGCGCUCUCAAGAGGAAGAUUGCACAGACAGCACCUCAGAGCUCUCAGUGGCAGCACUGCCCGGGGAGGGCUGUCCCUCCUCUGCCAUCGCCCUCCUAUCAGAUGAGCCAGGUCUGGUUAACCCAGCCUAUGAGCCCAGUGUGGAAGACAACAGCCAAUCGGGAAGCACCACCAGCCUGGCAGCACGCAGUGGUUCAAGGAAGAGUGAGUAUCGUAACUUUGACCGAACAUCGGUGCGCAGUCGCUCUUUCCGCCGCUUGAAUCGAGCAUUUAGUGUCCUGAGGAGGACCAAGAGUGGGACAGCAGUGGCUAAUGAGACCACAGAGGAAAGAGACAACCUCAGAAAUGCCAACAUACCACCAGAGGUAUUUGCAUUACCUCAGCUGCAUCAUCUAAUCCCAGAUGGAGAGGUCACCAGUAUUAAGGUCACCAGGGUGGAUCCUUGUGAACCACUGGCUAUCAGCGUUGUCGGGGGCAAUGAGACCCCUUUGGUUCGUAUUCUAAUUCAGGACAUCUACAGAGAGGGGGUCAUUGCUCGUGAUGGAAGACUGCUGCCUGGAGAUAUGAUCCUCAAGGUGAAUGGUAUAGACAUCAGUAAUGUGCCUCAUUGUUAUGCAGUGGCAGCUCUAAAGCAGCCCUGCAUGCUGUUGCGGUUGACUGUACUGCGGGAGCAGCGCCACCGUUACCGUUCCCACCACCACUCCCCCACCGAGGCCUUCCCUGCCCAUCCUGCCACCAUCCGAGAUGACAGCCUACAUGUGGUCCUCAUUAAGAGGGCCCCAGAUGAACAGCUGGGCAUCAAGCUGGUGCGCAGGCCCGACGAGCAUGGCGUCUUCGUCUUCCAUCUACUUGAGGGUGGGCUAGCUGCCAGUGACGGAAGACUGAGGGUGGAUGACCGUGUGCUGGCCAUCAAUGGGCACGACCUGAGAUAUGGUGCCCCUGAGCAUGCUGCGCUGCUUAUUCAGGCAAGUGAGGACCGAGUCCACUUCAUUGUGUCCCGUCAGACUCACAUACCCACUCCGGACAUCCUACAGGAGGCGCCGUGGAACAUGGAGGGACCACCACCAUACUCGCCUGUGGAUAUUGAGCAAUCAUUACUGGACUCAUGCCAAAAGCCUGCAUGUUACGAGAAGACAGUGACUCUGUUGAAGGAGCCGCAUGAUUCGCUAGGUAUGACGGUUGCUGGUGGGAUGAGCAGCAGGGGGUGGGACCUGCCCGUUUACGUCACCAAUGUCGACCCCAACGGAGUGGUGGGACAGGAGGGCUCAAUCUGCAAAGGUGACAUCCUGCUUAAUGUGAAUGGGGUUGACCUGACUGGUGUGACUCGGAGUGAGGCUGUGGCUAACCUGAAGAACACCUCAUCCCCAGUGGUUCUGCAGGUGCUGGAAAUGAGAACCCCAAAUGAGAGCUCCCUGAACUGCAUUCCCCCCCUGCAUUCCCCCUGCGCUCUCUUGCCCUCAUCUCCCGGAGAUAUUAAACUACCCCCGCCAAAUGAUGAUUAUGCUCCCCUCUGGGUGUCUUGGCUCCAGCUGCCCAGGCAUCUAUACUGCUGUAAAGACAUUGUCCUACGCAGGAGCACUUCUGGCAGCCUGGGUUUCAGUAUUGUGGGUGGACAGGAAGAAAUCAACUGUAACCAGUCCUUCUUCAUACGCUCCAUCGUAGAGGGCACGCCCGCUUACAAUGAUGGCAGGAUACGUUGUGGGGAUAUUCUGCUGGAGGUGAACGGGAAGAGUACCUGGGGAAUGACACACACGGCUCUGGUGCGCCUGCUCAAAGAGCUGAGGGGCCGGAUUACUCUCACCAUCGUUUCAUGGCCUGGCAGCCUGUUAUAGGACUACUCUGCAUGAAGGAGGGGCGUAGCAAACUGACCAUGCACUUGGGGGUAGAGCUUAUAAUUCAGACCUCAUAAUGACAACAAAUGGUGCAUUUUAGUAUGUAAGACUUCCUUAAUAGGUGGGCUAAUGAUAUGGACUGCCCCAGGAAGCAAGAAAUGACACAUGGACCUCAACCAGGUACUAAGAGCUUUCACAGACUCUAUACAUGAAGGCAGAGUUAAUGGUACGACUCCGCCCCAAGAGGCAUGUUUAUCAAACAGACUCCAACAUCAGGAGAUGCUUUCACGAUUGCCCAAGGCAUAGAGAUGAUAGCUGCCAAUGAGAAAAGUUAAUAAGAAGAACAACCUGUCUAGGAGCUACUAAAAGGAUGGGAGGAUCUAAAAACACAAAAUUGAGUUGGAGAAUCACUUCGAUGAAGAAAUGAGGAGCUCAUCUGCCAAGAAAUAGUUGUAUAAACAUUAUGGACACUGUGCUAUAUGUAGUCAUAUUGUGUGACUCUGAAAAAGGCAGAGAGAGGAGUGUGUGAGGAGUUUCUGUUGGACGAGGUGUGUGGGAUAUAUAGGGUCUGGGUGGGGGACACACAUGUUGCCAAUUCCAUUAGUUUUACCUGUUAGAAAAUGCAUUAAAGUGGACGCACAUUUCUUUACUAUAAAUGUUGGUGUCUGAAAAAAGAUAACGAAACAAACUCAAGCACUUGUUCUAUGACUAAUAUUACUUUGGUUUCUUUCUCUCUCCAUUCCUAUGGCUUUCGGAUAUCAGCUUUGUUUCGUUCAUUCUGACAGUGGUUCGUUCUCUCCAUCCGCUGGCAUGGAGUCAUAUUUGCCAAGUAGUUCUAUCUAUGUUGGUACAUUUCAGAUGCUGUUGCAAAUGAAAAUAAACAAUAGUGAGUAAUAAUAAAAAAGAAUAGCAACUAAAAUGAGAAAAAAGAAAAAGCAAUGUUCAUAAUCUAUUUUAAAAAUGGAAGAUAACUUAUAAUGCUUAUAAUAACGUGAUAUUUUGGCGGCCUUGCUAUUUUUUUUUUUAAACUUUGAGUAGAAAGUGAAGGAGAGAGUGACAUAUGAAUGGUUUACUAUGUGUCUGUGUGUGUGUGAGAGAGAAAGAGAGAGAGAGAGAGAGUGUGUGUGUGUGUAGGUAUCCUUGUGUGUAAGGUGUGUGCUUUGGCAUCUCAUAUGCUUUGGCUUGUGCAGUAUACUGUAUCUGUUGGUACCUUUGGUUUAAUGAUCAAUAAAGUAAUUCUUCAAGGAGA